AUGAGUCUCAUGAGUUACAUGGACAUUCUAAAAACUCGCGAAGUGCAGCAGGCGUUUAAAGCAAAACCUGCGAAGAAAAAGGAACGCGAUAAAAACGGGAAAGACAGACCAGAGGCAGAACCAUACCUCGAGUCAUCUGGCAAUUUUUUUAAUUUCCUUAGAUUUCACUGGAUUUUUUGGAUUUCUGUUAGCAGUAAUUAUUUCCUCAUUAAUUCUAUAAUAAUAAUUAAUUCUAAUGCAUUUACGUUUGCAUUUAUUAGACUAUCCGGAAGUACGACUGCACUCGGAAUACCCGGCGGUGGCGGAAGUGGCGGCGGCAGCAGUAGCAGCGGUGCUGGAGGAGGCAGUAGCGGCGGAGCCGGAGGGGGUGGAGCUGGCAACGGGACUUCCGGCGGAGAUUUUCUACGCAGAAGUCAUCCCCUCUCGGAGCACACCCUGCAUCCCGCUUACCGGAUCAACUACAUGGACCUUUAUCACCAGCUCCAGGCUUCCACUCACAGUCCCAAUGCCUCGUUACACGGUAAUUAUCCGAAUACGCAAAUAGAAGUUCACGAAGAACGUACACUCUAUCUUCCUUUACGAGCUAUGUUGGACUCUAUAAAGAGGGGCCCGCAUUUCCGCCGGAAGUUUCUCUUCCAGCGUACAAAAGCUCUUUGAAUUCGAUCCGUCGCGUGUGUGUGAUCUAUGUUGCGGUA